AUGAUCCCUGCACAAGACCCAAACCAACCUCAUGACCAACAGCAGCAUGAUCCUAAUCAAAUGGCUCAAAUGAGCGAAAUGAACGAAAAGCUGCAAGAACUGUCCGAAAAAGAAACAGAAGAAUUAGUGAAGAGCUUCCAAGAUCACUUUAAUGACUGCACAAAGGCUUGUAAAAAGCCGAACAUUUUGGUAGCAGGUAUUACUGGUGCUGGUAAAAGUAGCUUGGUCAAUGCCGUUUUCGGAGAGGAAUUGGCAAGAGCAGGUGCCGGUAUGCCUGUCACUCAACACUUCCAAAAAUAUGAACCAAACGAUAAACCAGUUGUGAUCUAUGAUUCUAAAGGUUUGGAAUGGAAUAGUCAUGAAGAGUUUAUUAAAGAAACUGGAAAAUUCUUUAUGGAACUGAGACAAUCACCAGAUGUCGCCAAUCACAUUCACGUUGUUUGGUAUGUGGUCAAUACAGCUCGUGGUAGAUUUGAGAAUUUCGAAGCAGAAGUUGUUAGAGAAGUCUUUGCUCCAACUCCUGUUAUUUUUGUGCUGAAUAAGAGUGACUUGGCUGAUUCUCUUCAACUGAAGGCAAUUAAGAAAGUGAUUGAAGAUGAGAAAUUGGAACAUAAUAAGGGUAUUCACGUUUGUAUUUCAAAGAGAGAAAAUUGGACUCAAUCUUGGUGUCCAGAUUGUCUGAGUGAUGAUGUCUUUUAUGAUGAAGAAACAAAACAGUUAGAAUGCAGUGAUUGUGGGUUUAACUGUAUUCUUAAAGAAAGUUAUGGUAUGAAAAAACUCAUCAACCAUACAUGUGAAUUAUUACCAGAGUUGGCAAGAGAUGCUUUCAUGUAUUCACAAAUUGCUUCAAUGGCUGAAAAAGAUAGAAGAGCUAAAGAAAUUGUGAUUGAAUAUACCAAAGAAAUUACAAUUGAUGCUAAAGGUACAUUUAUCAAAAAGAUUGCCGAAAUGUGUGCCAAGUUAUUUGUGAUUUGGGGAUGGCCACUCACUGGUGAUACUUUCAAAAAUGGCCUUUCGGAUAUGCAACGUGAAUACAUGUCUCAACUGAACUUUAAGGAAAGAUAUGCUGCCGUGGCUGUAGAUAAAUUAUUUGGAUCUCGACUUUCAAAGGCAUUCAGUGGUGUGAUUGGACUCACCAUGAAUCGAGGAAUGAAAAAACUGAACCAACAACUCAUUGAAAAGUGUGCUAAAGGAGAACUCAAAGACAUGAAAAUGGAUGAUUUCAUCAAGGAAUCUGAUCUCACUGAAGACUUUAUCAAAUUCUUCUUUGAAACAGCCAUUACUCAAGGAGUUGAAACCGCUCUCGACAAGUUAUGGGAUUUGUCAAGCGAAGAACUUGUACAACUCAUGAGUCAAAUGGAUUUUCAACACACUGGUUUGUUUGGACACGUGAAUUUCGAAGAAGCAGCAAACAUGGAACAAAUUGAACAACUCAUGCAAAAUGUUGAAGAUGUCUCCAUCUCAGAAGUGGAUGUUGAACUCAAAGAGGAGGACGAAGAAAAGGCUCCUUUGGUCCAACAGUCAUCAGACUCGUCUUCUGAACAGAACAAGAAGAGUGAUGAAGAGGAACAACCACCUGUGGAUUAA